UGGCUGUCGCUUCGGGGCUCGGCCAAUCAGACGGCACCGUCUUUGAGCGCUAUUCUAACGAGGAGCCUCCAACCUUGAGCCAAUGAAUGUCAAGCUAGUCGCCGCAGCAGCAGCAGCAUGCUACCGGCGGGACACAUCGGAGCGGCGUUAAGCUAGCAUGAGCACCGCCGGUACCAAAACAUCCCACGACCAGGCUUGCCGAGACCACACCGCCCACUUUAUUGUCUUUUUUUAUUUCCCAUUUCAUGACGAGUGAGAGUGAGCUUCAUGCAGCGUUGAAGGCGCCCAGUCGGAGGUCUUCUGUCUGAAGGGAGAAGGGUGAAGAAAAGGGCCUUCAUAGACGAUGGAGCCGUCGGACGGCCUGUUGCUGCAGGUCAACAACGGCGAGCAGUGGUGCAACCGGUGGAAGCGGCCCAAUGACGACUCAGAUCGCAGCACAAGUCCGUCGGUGCUGCGCUGCGUGGCCAGCACGUGGAAGGAGGGGCUGCUGAACAGGAAGAGGCCCUUUGUGGGCCGCUGCUGUCACUCGUGCACACCACAGAGCUGGGAGAAGCUGUUCAACCCCAGUAUUCCGUCGCUGGGACUGCGCAAUGUCAUCUACAUUAACGAGACGCACACCAGGCAACGCGGCUGGUUGGCCCGCCAAUUGAGCUACUCGCUCUUCGUCAUGGAGAGGGACGUCCACAAGGACAUGUUCCCCAGGAACGUGGUGGAGAACGUGCUUAACAACGACCGAGUCGAGGGCGCCAUCUUCAGCGUGGCCUCUGAUUUGGAUGGCAGCCAGCCUGGUCCCGAGCACAAAUCCGUCAAAAAGGUCAAGCAGAAGGCCAGAAGCUUCCUCCAGAAGAUGGUGGCCAAUGUUUCUCCAGCCUUCAUCCGGCUGACAGGCUGGGUUCUCCUGAGGCUCUUUAACGGUUUCUUCUGGAGCAUUCAGAUCCACAAAGGCCAGCUGGAGAUGGUCAAGAAAGCAGCAGCAGAGCAGAACAUGCCCAUGGUCUUCCUCCCCGUACACAAGUCUCACAUCGACUACCUUCUCAUCACGCUCAUCCUCUUCUGUCACAACAUCAAAGCACCGCACAUCGCCGCCGGAAACAACCUCAGCAUCCCCAUCCUCAGCACCCUCAUCCGUAAACUGGGAGGAUUCUUCAUACGGCGGAAAAUGGAAGAGUCCGGCGAUGGGAAGAAAGACGUUUUGUACAGAUCGCUCUUAUACGCCUACACGGAGGAGCUGUUACGCCAGCAGCAGUUCUUGGAGGUUUACCUGGAGGGCACGCGCUCCCGCAGCGGCAAGCCGUCGACGGCGCGCGCGGGAAUGCUCUCCAUCGUGGUGGACGCACUGAGCACGGGCUCCAUCGGCGACGUGCUGGUGGUGCCGGUCGGCAUCUCAUACGACCGCAUCAUUGAGGGCAACUACAACAGCGAGCAGCUGGGCAAGCCCAAGAAGAAUGAGAGCCUGUGGGGGAUAGCGUGCGGCGUCUUCCGAAUGCUGAGGAAGAACUACGGCUGCGUCCGAGUAGAUUUUAACCAACCCUUUUCUCUAAAGGAAUACCUGGACAGCCAGAGAAGCCGCCACAUUCCGUUACCAGUCUCCCUGGAGCACGCCUUGAUGCCCAUCAUUAUAGAUGCGCAGCCAGACGCUCAGCUGUUUGAUCACCGGGAGGAGGAGGCCCAACAAGACAGAGAGCUUCCUGAAGACCUCUGUCGACGACAGCUCAUCAACAACCUUGCCAAGCACGUGCUUUUCACAGCUAACAAGUCCUCUGCCAUCAUGUCCACCCACAUUGUGGCCUGUUUGCUGCUCUACAGACACAGACAGGGUGUGGCGCUGUCCAAGCUGGUGGAGGACUUCUUCAACAUGAAGGAGGAGAUCCUGUCGCGGGACUUCGAUCUAGGCUUCUCGGGCAAUUCCGAGGACGUGGUGAUGCGGGCCCUGCACCUCCUGGAGAACUGCAUCGCCGUCACCAGCAGCGCCAACCGCAACGGCGAGUUCACCAUCGCGCCCAGCCCGACGGUGCCAGCGCUCUUCGAGCUCAACUUCUACAGCAACGGCCUGUUCCACGUCUUCAUUCCCGACGCCAUCAUCGCCUGCAGCAUCCUGUCACUGCAGCGAGAGCAGGUGGUGGAAUCAGAGUCGGGUAAGCCGGCGAGCGGCGCCGCCGGCUUCCCUCUCAGUCAGGAGAAGCUCAUCCGCAAAGCCGCCGGCCUCUCACACUUCCUGGUCAAUGAGGUGACCGUGGCCUCUCCCUGUCAGACUGUUUACCAGGUUUUCCACGACGCAGUGACCCGCCUCAUCCAAUAUGGAGUCCUCUACGUGGCGGAGGAGGACCAAGAGGAACUGAGCCCCAGUCCCACGGACGAACCUUGGCCUAAAAAGUUCCCAGAGCCGCUCUCCUGGCGGAGCGACGAGGAGGAUGAAGACAGCGACUUUGGAGAGGAGCAGCGUGAUCGCUACCUAAAGGUGAGCCUCUCUGAGGAGCACCAGGACUUCUUUGUGUUCCUGCAGCGGCUGCUCAGCCCUGUGCUGGAGGCCUACAGCGGCGCCGCCAUCUUCGUGCACAGUUUGUGUCAGCCCAUGGCCGAGUCGGAAUACACGCAGCGGCUCUUCAGAUACCUGCUGACCCGCACCGAGAAGAGAGUGGCUGCUUAUGGUGAAAGUGCGACGCAUUACUUGGUGAAGAACACAGUGAGGACUUUCAAAGAACUUGGGGUUCUCAAGGAGAGACGAGAGAACCGUGUGACAACGCUGGAGCUGAGCGCCACUUUUCUACCUCAGGCCAACCGCAACAAACUCCUGCACUACAUUUUAGGCUUCACGCUGCUGUGACCUGAACAGGCCUCAGUCAAGCUCCCUCCAAUAAAAGGGCUUCCACUGGCGACUGAUCCCAGGUGCUAAACACUGCGGACUGCUUUACCAGGAAGUGCCUUUGCUUAAAAACAACUACAAAACACUACUUUGCCUACUUUGGUUCCUGCAUACCUUUUUAAUCUAGUAAGAGUAAGAAUCAGUUUGAAUCCAAACAAAGCAAGCUGCCUUACAUGUACACAAGUAAGUCAUAAACAUUCGCCAUUGACCACAGUAAUCAGCAAACAUUGAUAGUAUGUAGUCAUAGUGCACUUGUUCCAUGUGCAUCUUAAGAGCAUUCAGUGCUUAUGGGGCGACAGCAGAAACUUUUCAAUCAUAACUGUCAUGGAAAGUAAAAAAAAAAAUAACUAUAAGCCUUCUGGACCAGUUGCAAAGUGAAGUGUCUUACAGGGAAAGCAAUACAUGUGACAUUUCACCAUAAUGUUUCGGUAUUAUGAAUGUGCUGUAUCUUUGGAGUUGUUUACUCUGAAAUAGUUGUGCAGAAUCUGCGAAGACAAAUAUUUGUUUACCGUCGUUUUUUUUUUUUU